AUGGAAAGGAGCCAAGAGCCUGCUCCGCCCCCAUACCCUGGGGAAGGCCCAUCACAGAAUCGCCAGUGGAGAGUCCGGAACGCCAAGUAUCGUUCUAAUUUCACUACUCAGGGGGAGCCCUCUCAGAUUGACUUCCGAGAACAUCUUGAGUGUUUGCGGGAUUCAUUAAAUGGAUAUACCCUGGGUGUUGGCUGUCCUACUGAUAAUUCUCACGUUAUCGAAGUUCAGCAUAGCCAAGCGUUUGCCCAUGUCGAGCGCUUUAUUGAAGAAUAUCAAUCAUUUGUUCAACAGAUCAGACCAUUGAGCGAAGAGGAUAUCUUGUUCCUCAUCUUGAGUCGAUAUGCAACGUCUUCUGGUGCUUCUGUCUAUACAGAGAUUCGGCAUGAUGAUGACGUAAAUGUUUUCGACUCCAAAGUGACUGAGCCAUUACAUACAGACUCUACUGAAGGGUAUCUGGUCCAUGGAUCUGGGGUCGUCCAUAGCGAGCUGGCCUUGAGAGCUGCUGAAGAAGCACCAGUGUCUCUAAAAACGCCUCCUCAAGGCCUGCUGCUCCAUGAUCAGGCGUCGAUAACACGGACUUGUUAUGGCGCAGAAUUUGGAGGAUCAGUCACACUGAACUUUCCAGCCAUACGCGCUAACGAUGAACCAUAUAAGGAUACUAUGGGUUCGAGUUCGAGCCCUCCAGUCUUUGAGAAUUCGCAUCCCACGAACGUCUCCCAUAUUGAUUGGGCCCAAAUCCCUGAAAAUCUUCAACCACCCAUGUUCCGUGUGCAUAGGUGUCAUCAUCGAGGUAUAGCACGAUUUGAUGAGGAGAUUGAACUGCCAUUCGGAUUCCCUGAAGUUGUACAACACUUCCACGAUACCCCUUCAACCGUCUAUCACACUGGAUGUUGUGUGAACAUUAACGCUAUGCAAUCGUGUCCCAGAGGUCAAGAGGGUCUUGCUUCAUUUGAGUGCUAUAUACUAUCUUCAGAUGUGCGUAUAUACAUCACAGUAGAACGAGAUGGUGAUUCUCUAUGGUACAACUGUUACCGAGACAAAGAGGUACUUAAAGUAUUUGGGAGCUUGCCCAUAACUCCCAUAAAGACUGUAGCGGAUGUGACGACAGUUGGAGCUUUCAUGUAA